UGUACGUCCAUCAAAACUGUAUCUCGCAGGCAGUUAGAGUGAGGGGAACAGGUUGACAGGAGCUGGAGGCUUGUACAUUCAAAUACUGUUGGUUGCAGAUUGUAACCGGACCUAACACACAAGCUGGAAGGGCUCAGCGCAGCGUGGGUGCCCAGGGAUCCACUGCCUGAGUGUGGGGAGAGCAGCGGUCGAGGCCCCGGAGACAUGAACCACACCAAGGGCGGCCUGGUCAUCUUCACCGCUAACUCGCACCCCUCUAGCCGCGAGCUGGGCAAGAGGAUUGCAGAGCGGUUAGGGGUGGAGCUUGGCAAGGCGCAGGUGUACCAGGAAGCUAACAGAGAAACGAGGGUACAGAUCCAAGAGUCGGUGCGAGGCAAAGAUGUCUUUGUGAUCCAGACGGUGUCUAAGGACGUGAACACCACCAUAAUGGAGAUGCUGAUCAUGGUGUACGCGUGCAGAACAUCCUGCGCCAGAAGCAUCACGGGCGUCCUCCCUUAUUUCCCCUACAGCAAGCAGUGUAAGAUGAGGAAGAGGGGCUCCAUCGUCUCCAAGCUUAUUGCCUCUAUGAUGUGUAAAGCUGGUCUCACCCACCUGAUCACCAUGGACCUCCAUCAGAAAGAGAUUCAGGGCUUCUUCAACAUUCCAGUGGACAACCUGAGAGCCUCCCCCUUCCUGCUGCAGUACAUACAGGAAGAGAUCCCUGACUACAGAAAUGCUGUGAUUGUGGCCAAAUCCCCAGCCUCUGCCAAACGGGCUCAAUCAUUUGCCGAGCGGCUGCGCCUGGGUAUAGCAGUGAUCCACGGUGAAGCUCAGGAUGCAGAGUCAGACCAGGUAGACGGCCGACACUCCCCGCCCACCGUCAAAACCACCGGAGCCAUUCACCCCAGCAUGGAGAUACCAUUGUUGAUCCCUAAAGAGAAGCCUCCCAUCACCGUGGUAGGAGAUGUAGGAGGACGUAUCGCCAUCAUAGUGGAUGACAUCAUCGACGAUGUUGACAGUUUUGUGGCGGCAGCAGAGACGCUGAAGGAGAGAGGGGCCUACAAGAUCUACGUUAUGGCAACACACGGCAUCCUCUCCUGCGAGGCCCCUAGAUUCAUAGAGGAGUCUGCUAUUGAUGAGGUGGUGGUGACCAACACGAUUCCUCACGAGCUCCAGAAGCUGCAGUGUCCAAAGAUCAAAACAGUCGACAUCAGCAUGAUCCUGUCGGAGGCCAUCCGCCGCAUCCACAACGGAGAGUCCAUGUCCUAUCUGUUCCGCAACAUAGGAGUGGAUGACUGAGCGACACAGCAACAUACAUAUAAUUUUAUAUUUGUUCAUGCCUUUUCAGAUUUCUUCAGAAACAUAGGUGAAUGUUCAACACACACACAAAUAUCCAUUUGCUACUUGUGUUUGUGUAAGAUACAAAUAUAAAUGCUUACCUAUUCCUUUGAGUGCAGCUUUACAUAGAAGAUGACUGAAAACACACUUCCUCUAAUGGGACUAAACACACUCUGAUCUCUGCCCUUCAUGGACGUUAAUGGACUGCUGCUCAUGUCUCCAAUGGCUGCCCUCAGUACGCUCCUCCCAGUUGUUGUUUGUUUUUUUACUCCUCUUUCGGAGUACCUUCUUCACUUACCUCUCCAUCUUGUCCACAUUUUCUUCCACAUGCGUUUCCAUUUAAUAACUAAUGUUGACGUUAAGUCUUAGUGUUAGAACAUAUGUGUUAGCGUUGAGUGUCUCUUGCAGUACAGUCUCCUUUUAGGUAGUAUCAGAAAGAGUGCCAGUGCCUUCUACAGGACAUACUGACAACACACAGGCCUUCAGUACUCCAAUACACAGCUGUGUCUCAGCUAACAGAGCUAAUCGCUAAUGGCCCUUGUAAUUAAUCCAGGAAUAUGCAGGUUUCCAGCUAAUUUACUUGUGUAUAGAGUAUCAGAGUGCAUGUUUUUACGCUCAUCAGAUUUGUUUAUUAAUGUGUUAUGUGUGAAUGUGCUACUAAUAGUUAGUUUAGACUCCUGGUUGCCAUAGCACUUAGAUGCUGAUCUGGUGUUAAAUAUUUUAAUGGCUAAAGUUGAACUGGAAUUAAUACAGGAAAUCUUUUCUCCGUCUGGUUAAUUGGAAGUUACAAACAUUUUAUGGCAAUGCACUUGUGAAAUAUGUGUUCAUGAGUCAUCCAUAUAACAUUGUGUGCCAUUGUUUCAGUGCUUGCUCAUAUUUUAUAUUUGUUCAUGCCACAGGUAAGCACUUCCCUCCCUGCUGGAGGGCUCUGGAUUGAAUACACUCACAAUGAAACCGUUUUGUAAAUGAUUUGAAGUCGCUGCAGUCUUUACUCCCUGGUUAGAAGUGGAAGGGUGUUGUUAAUUAUUUGGAAAUGGAUAAAUUAAUCCAUUGCGCUUGAUGAAGUUUGCUUAAACACGUUCUACCUGAGUUUAAAAAAAAAAAAAGUAGUUCCACACUGCAGCUAAAGCUGGAAAAGCAAAUUGAAACAUUUUCUGAUGAGCAAAGCUUGACUGGAGCAGGUCUUUGUCACUUUACCAGAUGUGUUCCAAAAAUGUUUUGUAUUUAUUUUCAGCACUUAAUAUGAAUAAAUGACCUAUGAAAGUGUU